GCAGCACGGUCACGGUCAUUCCUGUACUUUCCUGUUGGUUGUUCGUCAGCUCACACUUGCAUUCAGUUUUUAAUUUUCGUACGAAAAUGUUCGCGCACGUUCGGUACACGGACAAGGUUGAAGCUGUACUGCCAGUUAGCCUCAUUCAAAACUUCAAACCGAAGCACGUCGAGGACUUUGACGCAUCGUUGAAGCGGACGUUUUGGCAGGGACAUGACGAGCCUGUAGGAGGGUACUACACGGCACAGGUGCUGAGACUAGGAGAAACAAAAGAGGACAUCAUUGCAUAUCUUAUACAGAGUGGUCAGUGUGUCCCUGCUAUUAUUGAAGGACCGUACGUGCCCUCUUCGGAGACCGUCUCGAAAAAGCAAACAGGAAACGUAUCUUCGAAGAAUAAAAAGAAGGCCAACGCGGAGGCACGUCGACAUGAACUCAAGGAGAUCCUCAGAGAAAGGAGCACUAACGCCUCUGACCUAGAAGAUAAAGUGCGUAAACUAAAGGAGAAGGUGCAUCUUCUUGAGGCAGAGCUUCUAGAAGAAAGACAGCUGUGCCGUAGUGUACAGAAGGAGCUGAUAAGGGCAUAUUCCAGCUGCAGCUGCCAUAAAAUGACCUGCAGUCAGCAACAGCCACAGUCACAACAGCCAACAGCCACAGUCACAACAGCAGCGAACACCUUCCUCCAGCUACCUGCAGGGACAACGGAAGCUACACUUGUGGACGACCAUCCCGUGUUCACGUUGGAUGACGUUGUGGUUUGUCCUCCGCUGCAAUACAGUGACGAUGUGGGUCACUCAUCGACCACCGCUGAGGUCACUCAGGCCUCUUCGUCGGAUCUUGAGCCAAGCAGUGUUUGGUGCUCCCUGAACCAAAUGGUUCUUCCUGCAUCAACGAGUGAAGAGGAGCACAGUAACAAUGGUGGCCAGCUCAGUGGCACAUGCAGCACUCCCACUGGCAUCGCUCCUCUGCCACAAAUGCCAAUGCGAACCGAGGAUUCCGAUGUCGUACUUGGCAGCGGAAUCAAAAUCAAGAACGAGCGGUACCAGUGGUUAAUGAGGGUUAAAUGCGACUCAAAAUUCUGCAAGGAUAUGGCAAGGACAGUAUGGUCUCUGGAAGAGCUGAUGUGCCGAAGUGUGACUGGGGCUGCCUGCCGAAGGAAGAAAGACGCGGAGGCAAACCGUGCCUUGACCCCAAAGAAGCUGGCGGCAGUGAAGAGUAUGCCUUCAUGUUUCAUUCAUUUUAUAGCUUUGCAGUUAUAUAUUAUCAUACACUGCAGCCUCUUUAGUCCACAGAUAUCCAUGCUUAAUUCAAACACACUGCAGUGUGCAGUGGCAGUGCACUGGGAAGUGUUCAGCUCUUGCAGCAAUGCUGGCUGCCUGACUGAUUGCCUAUUCACCUCCUCGCCUUCACUUCAUCUACUACACUGCCUUGGCAGAUGUGAGCACAAAUGUGUAUGUGAGAAAAUACUGAAUGCUGCAUGUGAUGUAGAAUACUCUCAAACUCUUUCCUCUAUGCGUGACUGUAGUGCUUGUCAUGCAACUUGCUGUCCACCCAACUUGGACGAUUUGCGCAUGUAGCUUUAAAACUCCCGAAACACACAUUUUAAAAAGGACUAAAAAAAAUAAAUUCAGCUCUGAUAUAUGGCACUUGUGUAAAUGCAAUAUUUCGACAUGUGCACUAUCGUGCCAUGUGCUGUUCAACUAUACAGAGCUGUGCUUCCAAUUGUGGUGUCCCCACAGACAUCCUUACUACAUUGAAUAUCCUUGUCAUCAAUAACCUUCGUAGUCAGGAGGCAGUCUGCACAAAUGAUGUGGCAUUGUUACUUGCACUGUUUAGGAUAUUUAUUUGUUUAUAUGAUAGUUAAUGAUGUGAUCUUUUUUUCUUUCUCUUCAUUAGGGGCCUACCGCAGGUACAUCAAGCUGCACCCGAGCGAACAGGCAGCAAAGGAGAGGAGCCAACUGGCCAACAAAUACAUUGGACAGAUGCUGGGAGACAUGAUGAGGAAAAAAAAGUAGAAAUAUAUAUCAUAUGCAUCUGUUCCA